AUGGACGACGACCAGGACAUCUUCGAUCGGAUCGACAGGCUGCAAAGCGGUGCACGCGUUCUGGACCCAAGCUACGAACCACGACGGGGAAUCAGCACCGAUUUUGGAGCUUACGAUGGAUACGACAGUGGAUAUCAUACACAGGCCAAUUAUGCCGAUUCCUAUGCUGUGGCAAGGGACGAUUACGAGGACGCACCAUUGCAGCUUGACGCUUUCGGCAGUGGCAGGCUUCUCAAGGUCAUGCCCGGUUGUCGCUGCCUCCAGCAGCCACGCAGCCUUCUCGCGUCAGUCAUCUCGACCACAGCUUUCACGAUCCGAGGCCAGCAGCUUCUCAACGUCCCGAUCUAUCACGUUUCGCCUUCAGUCCUUCGCAGAAUGGCGUCCGAGAUAUCUCUCCAGAUCGCUCCGCUCGUUUGUCAAGUCCUGCUUUCUCCGCCAGCCAACGCCAUCCACCGCCCUUCAACAACGAUCAUUCAGAAUAUGAGCAGCGAUAUCAGCCUCAAGCUAGGGGACAAAGCUCUGCUCGCAAUCAGCCAGAAGCAUCAAAGGUGCUUCAGGCAGGCGGCUCAAUCGCAGCCUGUGGCGCCCGCACGCAUAUCGCAAGCGCCAACGCCCAUUGUGCAAGGAAUUCCACUUGUCCCGGUUCGACAGCUCUCAGACAAAUUCCGCACGGUCUUCACAUUCCCGCUGUUCAAUGCAGUGCAGUCAAAGUGUUUCCCAGUCGUCUUUCAGUCAAAUGACAAUUUCGUUCUAUCGUCGCCUACCGGCAGUGGUAAAACUGUGAUCUUCGAGCUUGCAAUAUGCCGGCUGGUCCAGGGAUACAGCAGUGGCAGCUUCAAGAUCGUCUACAUGGCUCCCACCAAGUCGCUGUGCUCCGAGCGCGCUCGAGACUGGCAAUCGAAGUUUGGCGCUUUCGACUUGCAAUGUGCUGAGCUUACAGGCGACACAGACAAUGCGCAGCUUCGCAACGUGCAACACGCCAGUAUCAUCAUCACUACGCCUGAGAAAUGGGACAGCGUCACUAGGAAAUGGAAAGAUCAUCAGAAGCUGAUGCACAUGGUCAAGCUCUUCCUGGUCGACGAAGUGCACAUGCUGAAAGAGGACCGUGGCCCUACGCUAGAAGCUGUGGUCUCUCGCAUGAAAUCUGUGGGCUCUGAUGUCCGCUUCAUAGCACUCAGUGCUACGGUGCCAAAUUCUCAAGACAUUGCAACAUGGCUGGGCAAAGACUCCCUGAAUCCUCAAAUACCAGCUCCACGUGAGAAAUUCGGAGAAGAAUUUCGCCCCGUGCGUCUCCAGAGACAUGUUUGUGGAUACAAGUCGGAUUCAAACGACUUUGCCUUCGAGAAAUUGCUUGACAGCAAGCUCACCGAUGUGAUUGUCAAGUGGUCACAACGCAAACCCAUCAUGGUGUUCUGCAUGACGAGAAAGUCAUGCGUGACCACUGCACAAUUGCUGGCGAAGUGGUGGUCGUCCAAAGGACCUCGGGACAGAUACUGGACAGCUUCUCGUAGCCGCAUUGUGGUUGCAGACAAAGAUCUGAAAGAAACUACAGCUUCUGGAGUGGCAUUCCACCAUGCCGGCGUCAGCAAUGAGGAUCGCGCCGCCGUCGAGCAGGGCUACCUUUCUGGUGAGCUCAGUGUGAUAUGCUGUACAUCGACGCUCGCGGUUGGAGUCAACUUGCCCUGCCACAUGGUCAUCAUCAAAGGUACUGUAUGCUACCAGACCAGUGGAAGCAAAGAGUACUCGGACUUGGAGACUAUGCAGAUGCUCGGUCGCGCUGGCAGACCACAAUUCGAUGAUAGCGCGGUAGCUGUCAUAAUGACUCGGCUGCAUCGCGUGGAAACGUACGAGAAGAUGAUGACCGGCUCAGAGGUCUUGGAAAGCUGUCUGCAUCAACACCUAAUCGAUCAUCUCAACGCUGAGAUUGGCUUGGGUACUAUCAAUAAUGCUUCUUCAGCGAAGAAGUGGUUGACUGGCACUUUCUUGUACGUGCGCCUCAAGGAGAAUCCAGAGCACUACCAACUGGAAGGCCUGGCGCAAGGCCGCACGCUGGAUGAGAGACUGGAGCACAUCUGCACAAAGGCCAUCGGCCUUCUCCAGGAACAUGACCUCGUUCAUGGCACGAUCAAACUUGAAUGUACCGAGUUUGGUGAUUCGAUGGCCCGCUACUACAUCCAGUUCGACACGAUGAAGCAGUUCCUGGCGCUGCGACCCAGAGCGAAGAUCUCAGAGAUCCUCUCGACAGUCUCUCAAGCGGCCGAGUUCAAGGACAUCCGCUUUCGUGCAGGAGAGAAGCCAAUAUACAAGGAACUCAACAAGAACCAAUCAAUGAAGUUCCCGAUUCCCGUCAAUAUUGACCUUACCGCACACAAAGUGUCGCUGAUCAUACAGAGUGUUCUCGGAGCAAUAGACGUCAACACGGAGGAUCAACGACAUCGCUACGAAUACAACACCAGCAGACUCGUCAUCUUCCAACAUGCACACCGCCUUAUCAGAUGCAUAAUUGACUGCCAGCUGUACUUGGAGGAUGCAGUGUCGGCGAGAAAUGCACUAAUGCUUGCUCGCAGCUUGAGUGCUCAAGUCUGGGACGAUUCUCCUCUGCACAUAAAGCAGAUCGAGGGCAUCGGUCCAGUCGGCGUCCGGAAGCUGGUCGCAGCAGGCCUCAAGAGCAUUGAAGAUGUCGCCAAUGCCGAAUCUGGUCGCAUUGAGAAUGCCAUGACCCGCAACCCACCCUUCGGGAGUGAGCUGAAGAAAAAAGCGAUGGCUUUCCCUCAGCUUCGAAUCUCUAUGAAGAUCAUCGGUGAGCCGAUUGUCAAGAAGGGCGAAGGUGCGACCAUCAAAGUCAAUGCUGAGAUUGGCUUCAUCAACGAGAAAGUACCAGAGACCUUCAAUCGGAAGCCGGUCUACAUUUGCCUGCUGGCGGAAGCGUCAGAUGGCCGCAAGGUGCAUUUCGCACGCAUCAGUGCAAAGAAGAUGAGCAAGGGCCAAGAGAUCUUGUUCAGUGCUACCCUCAAGAAUCAAGCCCAGGUCAUCAGAGGCUACUUGAUGUGUGAUGAAAUUGCAGGCACGCAGAGGAUGGCGAUGUUGAAGCCAGACUUACCAGGCUUUAUGUUCCCCGUGGCGAAGCCCGAUCAGGAGACUCAGCUGCCGGCAAACUUGGAGAAUGCACCAAAUACGUCGAAGCGACGUGCCGCUGCUGCUACAGAGGCACGAACCAACAACGCUCUUGAUGAGUUCGGAGAUGCAGGUCUCGAUGAUGCGGCGUUGGCAGCCGCAGACUUCACCAACAUCGACGACUUUGACGAUGACGGGAACGAGAAGAACACAGCGAAGGAGAAACCACAGAAACGCAAGGUGUCCACUGAACCGCGCGAGUCUGUGCAAUUACCGAACGGAAAGUGGACUUGCAACCAUGCAUGCAAAGACAAGACUGCCUGCAAGCACGGAGCGUGCUGCCGUGAGGGUCUGGACAAGAAGCCGAGACCGCCCAAGCCAAAGAAUCCCAAGAAGAACGAGCCAGCAUCUGAUCCGCGACAGACUCAGCUCGAUCUUACCAAGACCAAGACGCAGAGUGUGUCGAGCGCCUCACAGCAGCCUCCAGCUCGCAAGCCGCUGCAAUCCAAGGAAGCACGAGAUCUUGAGCAGCUGCACAACAGCGUCAACACAUCGACGAAAGCCAUUCCACUUUUGAGCAAGGCAAGCAAAUCCAAGGAGGAGGCAUAUCAAAAGGAGAAACCGAAGAAGCAUGGACCCCUCGACAACAACGACUACGAUUUUGAUGCGCUUGCAUCAGACGACUUCCCAGCAGAUCCAUUUACCUUACAGGCUGAGAGCACCGUCCCACAAAACCACCCAAGGGCUGAUGCUGACUUGUAUGGAUCCGAUGACGAUAUGCUUGACAUGGCAGACGAUGUGGUGACAGAUUCUUUUGGCAAUAUCGAGCCUGGAAACGACGACUUGCUUGAUCUCUCACAAUUUCCAGAUCCACUCGACUUCGAUCCUGGCAACGACUGGAACAGUGGCCCUUCGCAUUCUGAUGGCUUCCCUCAAAUCAACACACUACCGCCGUUCCAGUCGAUCACUAUCGAUUACAACGAAAAGGUACCUGCCGGGUCCUUCUGCACAACGGAAAAGGGCAUAUUCGUCACAGGCGACAGCACAGACAGCAUCAACGACAACAGCCUCGCUUUCGUCUCUGGCGCUCUUCAAGACGACUUCAGAGAUGUACAUGAAGCAGCAUACACCCAUCAUCCAAAGUUGCCUUCCAAGCGUCCCUUCGCGGACACAGCACCAACAGAUGCAAGUGAAUUCAUCUCUUCCUCCAAGCAUCAGAGAGUUCCAUCCCGGCAUCCUUCCGGCCUCGAGCUCGAGAGCAAUCGGUGGAUGUCAGACCAGAUCAAGCGUAACGACACGGCGCCCCAAGACAACGCCCUUUCCAUCGAAGACAACACCUUCCUGGCAGAAAUUGCCGGCAUCUCGAACAUCGAUUCACCUGCAGCGAACGAUGCACAGAAGGGGAACUCGAAAGAAGCAGGAAAAGACGCCCAGCCCGAAGAAGAGACGAUAGAGCAGUGGUUUGAGAAGAACUUCGGCUUGGAGAAGUUCGAACUUAUCUGA